AUGGAGGAUGAGUCUAGGCCUAUAGACAAGUUUCCUUCGAUAUCAGUGGUUAGUGGCUAUAGUUCUGCUUCCGAUGAAUCCCAAGUUCGAGUUCAAACUCUGGGAUCUCAGGUCAACAAUCCAAGCUCAACAUCCAGAACUGUCAUUGAUGAUCUAGCAGACCCCUAUUACCUUCACCACGCAGAUAAUCCCGACAAUGUUCUUGUGUCCCAGCUUCUUACUGGUCAGGACAACUACACUUCAUGGAUUCGCGCCAUGAAACUUUCUAUCUCAGUCAAGAACAAGUUAGGCUUUCUUGAUGGAUCUAUUACUAAACCGUCCCAAUCUGAUUCGUUCAUGUCCAAUGCCUGGAUCAGAAAUAACAAUAUUGUUAUUUCUUGGAUUCUAAAUUUUGUAUCCAAAGAAAUCUCAGCUAGUAUCAUCUAUGAUGAAUCGGCAGCCAAAAUUUGGAAUGAUCUCAAAGCAAGAUUCCAGCAAAAGAAUGGUCCUCAUAUAUUCAACCUCGGACGCGAUUUAAUGAACUUAAGGCAAGAACUCCAAUCUGUAAGUCAGUACUAUACUCAUCUCAAAACUCUUUGGGAAGAAUUGUCCAACUAUCGACCCUUUUGCACCUGUAAUAUGUGUACCUAUGGAGGUGUAAAAGCUCUUCAAGAACACCAUAAUAUGGAGUACAUAAUGUCAUUUCUUAUGGGUUUAAAAUAUUCAUAUUCUCAAGUGAGAGGCAAUAUUUUACUUAUGGAUCCAUUGCCUUCACUUAGUAGAGUCUUUAAUCUAGUUACUCAGGAGGAGAAUCAAAGGGGUGAUGAAAUGGCUACACCACAUAUAGAAACUUCAAGCAAUCCGUCCAUGGUUUUUGCCUUCUCAGGAGCAAAUUCCUCAACGUCAAAAACUAACUCACGGUCCACAAAAUCAUUUCCACCACGCAAGAAUAGGUUGCUCUGCACCCAUUGUAAUGUUCAUGGACAUACCAUUGAGAAAUGUUACGAAAUCCAUGGUUAUCCUCCCGGUUACAAUAAGCCUCGACAACAAUCCUCACCUCCAGCUAUCUCCACCAAUCCUCAGCUACAAUAG